CAUUCUCAUCUUCACAUCUACCAUCUCUACCACCUUGAUCUACAUCUUCUUUCUACAACCCUUCUUGACAAAGUUGCUGUUUCAUAACCAUCCCUCUCCUCGUCUGACUUUCUCACUCUCACCCUUAGAAGCCAUCCUCUCGCUACCUACUUCGCUUGAACUCAUCCCACUUUCCUAUCAGGUCAUCAUGGCCGACGCCCUCUGUGGCCCAUCCAAUCCCCUCCAGAACCUCCAGAAACAUACUCAGAUCGAUCGUACCCUCCAACAGGAUCGUCUGGUCGCAUCAAGACAGUCUCCAUCCCAGGGGUUUCGUACCCACGAUCCACGUACAGGCUCUCUCGAUGCCGAUUUUCACGCCUUCGAACACUCUGCUCCUUCUCCGUUUCAGUUCCAGCAGCCAGACUUUGCCAAUGCUUUCCCUGCUUUCCGUCCCCCUUCUCAGACGCCAGCCCUCGGAGGAUGGGCCAACGACUUUAAGAACCUCAACAUCAACGAACAACCUGUACCUGCUCAGCACUUCCGAACCGAAGCUCCACUAGUUCGAUCGAGUCACACCGGAUCAUGGCACACCGAAUUCAUGCAUCAACGCUCAUCUGCCAGCACUCCCACCACUGUCUCUCAAGGCAAGCAGGCCAUACGUGAACCACAAUUUAACAACUACACCCCUUCUUCAAUGAUGAAUUUCUCUCAGCCCUCCUUUAGCAUGUAUCAACAAAACCAGAUGCUUCCCUUUCAAGACCAACAGCAGCAUCAACAACUCAACCCCCUUUCAACGGACCAUCAAGCUCAAAUGUCUGAUGUGGAUUUUGAAGCCGCCUUUGCCGACGCACUUGCCCACGCUCAAGAGAUGGAUCAGGCCAACCUUCAAAAUCAGAGCCAAGAAGAACCCAUUUCAGAAGUCCAAUAUCCAGAAGAAAAGAUCAAAAUUGGAUCUGACGCCAUUCUAUAUCGAGAGAAGGAUCAACGGACAGCCGACCAGGACAAGCUCGACGCUGAUGAACUGGCAAGGACGGCUGGACAACUCCUCACUUCGGUCCAGCACGACACCAGUACCAAAUUUCAGAACUCAAGCUUCCUGGAUCUAAUGCGGAGGAUUAGAGAUCGAGAGGUCGAGGUACAAAACAAUGACUUGACCAAUGUCAUGACGGGUGAGGCUGCCGCCUCUUCUGCGUCAACUACCGUACAUACCCUGUACCAUAACCCGGAAACUUACUCUCAGGUGCCGUCCGAUGCUCAAGAUCAAAAUCAAGAGGAACAGCCCUCUCAGUUCGCUUUCCCUGACAUGGAUACUGUCUAUGCUCCAGACCCGUCGUCUCCUGAGAAUGAAACAUCCUGGAAUACUGCAUACCCCCCAACUACUGCGGCCCCUUCCCAAGCGCCUUAUACCUCUUACGCCGGUGAUGAUGACCAACAUUCUGGACCCAUGUCUCAAAUGCAAGCUCUUCAUCCGGGUGGUCCCUUUUACCCAGAACAAUCACCUCGUCAGCGACGGGCUGAAAUGGAGAUGAGCAUGAGCGGAGCCAUUGAUGUGGGAGCCCCUAUGGGAAAGCGAAUCUCAGCCAAUGAUUUUGAAUAUGUUGAUGAGAAUGCUGGUUUGGCGAGACGAUUUCGAUAGAUUUUCCGAUGUAUGAGCCUUGCACUCUGUAUGGGCUCAUGUAGAACAUGACGAUUUCACCGGAAUAGGUCGACUACGACGGCGGCAAUGACUAUAGUUGGAUCAUGUCAGGGAAAGUAAUGAAGAAUUGGACCUCCCGCUUGAAUCCGUUUUAAACGUCCUUGAAGCUUUGAUUCUAGCGAUGCAACGAAUUACCG